AUAGUUCUCUUCAGCGGAUAGUUAGUAGUUAGUUAGUCUCAGUCUAUAAAGGCAGGGGUCCGUCGGCUGUGGAGUUUCCUUCACCCUGAGCUGGCAGCUCCCGGCUGUGAUCAGCUGAGGUAAAAACAAGAGCUCUAAUCUCUGGCGCUGAGCACAUAGAGCUCCUGAUUAAUCACCCAAUUAUUCACCCGAUUAAUCACCUGAUUAGUCAGGUGAAAGGUGCUUUUAUUCCGGUCGUGACGGUGAGUGACAUGUAAUGUUUACACCACGGUCCACGGGGUAAUCUGGCAUUCCGCCGGUGUUAUUAUUGUUACUGUCCGUGGUGAACGGUGAGCUGGCGUCACUUGAGCUCAGGUGAUUGGAGGUCAGGUGGAUUCAACGUUUCAACCGAUGAAUUUAAUGCUGCGUUCCAGGGACACUUUUUAGCCCGUCAGUUACGAGCAGGAACUUUGAGAACAUCGAUCUGGUACGAGUUCACGGCUAGUGAGUUGCCGGUUUGACUGCCGUUCCAAGGCACUUUCACGGGUAGACGGUUGUGAAAACACGGGAAACGGGUUGCCUGGAACGCACCAUACAACCCACACGUCGCGCGUCCAAUUAGCGCCAGACAGACACCGCUCGAGACGUGAAGCCUCGGAGCCGACGACUCUGCUAUGGUGACUGAGCUGUGGAGACGAGCUGUGUGAGCCGCUUCAGGAACACGUCCCUCACUUCACCCCAUGGCUGACGGAGCAGGCGGAGGGGAUGACGACGUCAUUCACCUGGCGAGCUUCAACGUCCACCGCAGUCAAGGCCGGCGCUUGCGGAGGAAGGAGUUCAUCACCAUCUCUGACGACUCGGACGACGAACCGCUCAACCUGGUCUUGGGCCGCCCCGUGCUGAUCCCCGAAGACACAGACGACGACGUCCGCAUCCUUGAGUCUCUGACUCCGUCACGAAGACACCUGAUCCGCCCGGCCGCCCCCUGGUGUGGCGACCUCCCUCUCCACCCGCUGCGAGGCCCUAACCCGGCCUCGGCGGAGCAGCCGGGCCCUUCCGGCUCGCGUGCCGUCACCGCCCGCCUCAUUAAGGUGGAGGCCCCGCCCCCUACGCCGGUCACCCCCUCUACCUCCAGCAUCUGGGAUGACGCCCGCCUUCCAAGCACCUCGGGCACCUCGGGGGCCCCCCAACGGCCGCCUGCCCCUCGGACCCGCCAUGACUCCAUAGAACACACGGAGCCACGCCACAGCCCUCAGGCCAGCACAAGCGCCGCUAGCACUAGCACUGCUCACCACAGCCCUCAGGCCAGCACUAGCACCGCUAGCACUAGCACCGCUAGCCACAGGCCUCGGGCUAGCACUAGCACCGCUAGCACUAGCGCCGCUAGCCACAGCCCUCAGGCUAUCACUAGCACCGCUAGCACUAGCGCCGCUCGCCACAGCCCUCAGGCUAGCACUAGCACCGCUAGCACUAGCGCCGCUCGCCACAGCCCUCAGGCUAGCACUAGCACCGCUAGCACUAGCGCCGCUCGCCACAGCCCUCAGGCUAGCACUAGCACCGCUAGCACUAGCGCCGCUCGCCACAGCCCUCAGGCUAGCUCUAGCGCCUCCACCCAGACCCAGCGGAUCCAGAUGGGAGGGGCCCAGGGCCAGCUGGCCGCCGCCCCGCAGCCCGGGAUGCUGCAGGGCCCCACUGUGCCCGGCCCCCCCACGGGGCCCCCGGCUGCCCUGCCCCAGCCCCGCGGGCGGGGCCCUAUCCACAUUGUGGCGACAGUGCACACAUUUGCCCCACCCCAGGCCCCACCCCAGGCCCCACCCCAGGCCCCACCCCAGGCCCCGGCCCCACGCGCCCCCCAGGUCAGACCUGCGGCCCCCCCCGCCCCCCAGGUCAGACCUGCGGCCCCCCCGGCGGUGCUGAUAGCCGCUGCCCCAGAGAGACUGGGCCCCCCUGAGGCCGGGGCCCCCCUCGCCGCCCUGGUCCGCCCCAGACCCCCCAUCCUCAGGCAGGCGCAUUUCAUUCUGGCUCCGGCUGCAAACCCGACCCCAGCCAGGGCUCCAGCGGCCCCAGUGUUGCCGCCCCCCCCGGUGCCGCCCCCCCCGGUGCCGCCCCCCCCGGCCCCAGCAGACAUUCCCAGGCUGGAGGACGCCAGGCCGGGCCCCUCAGCGCCGCAGGACGGACCUGGGGGGGCCCGACCCGAGCUGCCGCCCCACGUCAGAGCCCUGAUGGCCGGAGUGCUGGAUCUCUUCCCUGAUGUGCAGAGCGACCAUGUGGCUGAACUCAUCCAGCAGAACAAUGUCACCGACCUGAAUGUGAUCUGUAACAUGCUGCUGGAGAACCCAGCCUAUCCCAGGAGACAGGCCGCUCCCCCCGCCCCCACCAGCAUCCUGCUGGAGUCUGGAGAGCAGGAGGCUGAGGUGACGGAGGACCUGUUCGACCUCAGCCGUCUGGGCGCCGUGCCCCCUGAGGCCCUGAUGCAGGCCACUGACCUGCUGAUGGCCGACUUCAGGAUGCUCAGCUGCCAGGACCUCAAGUGGGUCCUCAACGCACUCAAGGGACACUAUGCAAUCACACGCAAGGCCUUAUGUGGAGCUCUGAAGAAGUGGCAGGACUCUGGAGACCCCCCGGGGAAGAGACGGCGGAGUAGGACUGCGUCAGAGCGCUGCUACGUGGACCUCCAGUUUGAGCACGGCAAUGUGAAGUUGGAAAAGAGGAUGUACUUCCUGGAGAACGACCGGCGGUACUUCCGGACCUACGGGACGCUGGAGCCCUCGCUGCAGGCCGAGCUGGCCUUCUACCAGCGGAGGGCCAAGGAGUCCGCGGAGCAUGAGGACUUCCUGCUGGCUCUGCAGGUCAACGAGGACGAGUACAAGAUGGACGGACAGCUCAUCGAGUGCGGCUGCUGCUUCGGAGAGUUUGCCUUCGAGAAGAUGACUCAGUGCUCCGACGGCCACCUCUUCUGCCAAGAGUGCCUGGUCAAAUACGCUCAGGAGGCCGUGUUCGGCUCUGGACAGUCGGAGCUCAGCUGCAUGUCGGGGGGGUGUCCCUGCUCCUACCCGGUGUGUGAGCUGGAGAAGGUUCUGCCGGAGAACAUCCUGAUCAAGUACUACGAGAGGCAGGCUGAGGAGGCCGUGGCCGCCACCUGCGCCGACGAGCUCGUACGGUAA